AUGCAGAAAAAAGAACCUAAUGCAAAAUUAAUUAAAAUACAAGAAACUAAAGCUAAAUAUAGAAGAUACUUAGCAAAAAAGAAAGAUUUUAUUUUAUCAUCUAACUAUUAUCAUAAAGCUUUAUACUUUACAAAUAAUUUUUCUUUAGAAAUUGAUAUUAGAAAUAUGAAAAUUCUAUACUAUUAUUGUGGUAUAUUUUACUUUUCAGAUGAACAAACUGCUAGAGAUUUAUAUAAAUUUA